CCUCGGGGCGUCUCUCCGCGGUAAAACAAUUCGCUUCACGAAGCGACGGGGAGGCUGUUCGGCACUCGGCUGCCGUUGAGCGAGGUGGGGCUUUUGGAGAUGGCCUCGGAGGGCGAGGGGCUCCUCUACUGGGUGUCUGUAGCGGCCUCUUUGCUCGCCACGCUGCUGGCCGUCUUCGCCUCCUGCUUGCUGUUUGAGCAGUUUUGGACACGGAAGAACUUGAAGGCCAUCCCGAGGGUAGUUCCCUGGUAUCCAGUUCUGGGCAACGCUCUGAUCUUUGAACGCACUGGGGAAGCUUUCUUUAAGCAGUUGAUGGAUUACACUGAUAAGUUCCGGAAUAUACCACUGGUACAGCUUUGGCUCGGACCACAGCCCAAUUUGAUCUUAAUUCAUCCAGAUACUGUAGAGGUUGUUUUGAGUAGCUCUAAGCAUAUUACCAAAUCCAGUUCCUACAAGUUUCUUCAACCCUGGCUAGGCACAGGACUUCUAACCAGCACUGGAGGCAAAUGGCGGUCCCGAAGAAAAAUGUUAACACCUACCUUCCAUUUCGCCAUAUUAGCAGAUUUCCUUGAAGUGAUGAAUGAACAAGCCAGUAUCCUUGUUCAGAAACUUGAAAAGCAUGUGGACAAGGAGACAUUUGAUUGUUUUUCAUACAUCACACUGUGUGCCCUUGAUAUAAUCUGUGAAACAGCAAUGGGCAAAAACAUAGGAGCCCAGGACCAUAAGGAUUCAGAGUAUGUCAGAGCUGUCUAUAGGAUGAGUGAUCUGGUUCAUCAUAGACAGAAGUCUCCCUGGCUGUGGCCCGACCUUUUGUACCUUAUGUUCCAAGAAGGAAGAGAACAUUACAGGAGUCUGAAGAUCCUUCACAGCUUUACUGAUUCUGUUAUUGCAGAAAAAGCUCGUGAACUAAAAAGCCGGGAGCAGCAUAAAAGCGAUGUUGCCAGCAAUGGAGAGCAAAGUAAAGGCAAAAUCAGGAGAGCUUUCCUUGAUAUGCUUCUGAAUGCCAUUGAUGAUGAUGGGAACAAGUUGAGCUACCUGGACAUUCGAGAGGAAGUGGAUACUUUCAUGUUUGAGGGUCAUGAUACCACUGCUGCUGCGAUGAACUGGGCUAUUUACUUGCUUGCAAGUCAUCCAGAAGCCCAGAGAAAAGUUCACAGUGAACUGGAUGAAGUUUUUGGGGACUCAGAUCGUCACAUCACAAUGGAUGAUUUGAAGGAACUACGGUAUCUGGAUUGUGUUAUUAAAGAAGCUCUUCGUCUUUUCCCUUCUGUUCCACUUUUAGCCCGCACUCUGAGUGAGGAAUGCUAUAUCAGAGGAUUUAAGAUACCAAAAGGGAUUAAUGCCAUAAUUGUGCCUUAUGCUGUGCAUAGAGAACCUGAUGUCUUCCCAGAGCCAGAGGAAUUCAGACCUGAGCGAUUUUUCCCAGAGAAUGCAGCUGGGCGGCACCCAUAUGCAUAUGUGCCUUUCUCUGCUGGGCCCAGGAACUGUAUUGGUCAGCGCUUUGCACAGAUGGAAGAAAAGACUGUUCUUGCCACCAUCCUGCGACACUUUCGUGUUGAAAGUGUGCAGAAGCGUGAUCAACUUGGCCCUGUAGGAGAGCUGAUUCUUCGUCCAAGUCAAGGCAUUUGGAUUCAAUUGAAAAGGAGAGAGCCUUCCAGCUCUUGACAUAAGAAACCUCAGAAACAUUCCUUACCACACUGCACUUGGAUUACUUCAAUAAAAACCCAGUUUUUAUAUCAGUACAUUUCAGACUGCCCAAGCCUACUAGUUGUUUUGUUUUUUUAACAAAAAAUGUGUGGGUUUUUUUUAAACCAACAGCUGCAGUCCAAAAGGUGUCAUUUGUUUAAAUGGUGGGCUAUUCAAAAUGACUUUGGAAUUUGUAGACUUCAACCUGGGUUGCUACUAGCUGAUUUUUCUUAUCCUAAAGAAAAUGAGCAAUUAAAAAAAAAAUUCCUUUAUUUCAGUUUUGAUGCAUGUAAUAAAUGGAAAACGUAUAUUUUAAUGUAUGUAUUUUAAUGAUGUAUCAAUAUAAUUAAAAACAUUGAAAGCAGA